GGCAGAAUGUCAUUAGAUGGUUCGACAGCUGAACGUUGCAGUCACAAACAACAUAUAAAUAUAAUCUGUGGAAUGUCAGUCAAGCGCGGGAAAUUUGACAUUUAGAUAAUAUUAAACAUAUCAGUGUAUUGUGUUUAGACAUUACAGUGAAUUUAUCAUAUUGUGCUAGGUAACAGAAAGAUACGUUAAAAUAUAACGUCAUUAAAAAUAUAUUAAAGCUGACUGUUUAGAAAAAAAAUUAGGAUUCUGUGUGCAUAGACGAGUUAAUGUUUUGUAACGGAAAACAUGAAGGAAUUGGUGCAAAUUUGGAAUAGGGUGACCGGUCGCCAGUACUCCUCUGUUAAUGUACAGGACAAAGAGUUGAGGGAAUUGAGUAACAAUAGAGUCAAAAAGGGAGAUAUAGAUACAUCGGUAUUUGAAGCAAAUUUAUCAGAAUGUGAGGGUUUGAAUAACAAAUUCAAUGAAGACUACCAGUUCAACGAACGUAAAGAUCAAAUCAUAAACCGUCUCUUCACAAGACGGAGAAGCUCCCAGAGUAUUGCGAAACAGCCGAAUCGUCUCUUCAUCUUAUUCGUCGUCGGCUUCUUGUCUCUCAUCACCGGUCUCCUGAUAUGUUUCCUUCAUCCAUACGACGCGAUCUUCCGAUGGAAAGUCGUUAUGUCAGACGGUGGUGAGAUUUUCGAAAUGUGGCGGAAACCGCAGGUGGAGCUGUACGCCAAAAUAUACUUAUUCAACAUAACAAACUCACACGAAUACAUGUCCGGUGUGGAUACCAAGUUGAAAGUCCAAGAGGUCGGCCCAUAUGUAUAUAGGGAGAUCUUCGAGCACGCUGAUGUCGUGUUCAAUGACAACGGCACCCUGAGCACCAUACCCAGACACCCCCUGGUGUGGCAGCCGGAGCUGUCCGAGGGGAACAGGGAGGACGAUGUACUGUAUCUACCGCAUAUAGCUCUGCUGUCAAUUGGGGAUGUGGUAUCUGAGCAAAGUUAUUGGUCCCAAUUGGGUUUGAAUCAGCUGAUCAGCGUCACUAAUAGCCAGCCGAUAGCGAAAAUGACUGCUAAGGAGUUCAUGAUGGGAUACGAGUCACAGCUCAUGACGCUGGGGAACACGUUCCUACCGGGAUGGAUCUAUUUUGAUAAACUCGGUCUCAUUGACAGGAUGUACGAUUUCAAUGGAGACUACGAGACUAUAUUUACCGGUGAAAACGAUGAAACUCUCAGCGGUUUGAUAGACACCUAUCGGGGAUCGACUGAUUUGCCGCAUUGGGACGGUAAACACUGUUCCAAUAUACAGUACGCGUCCGAUGGCACUAAAUUUAGGGGUUCAUUGACCUUGAACGACUCGAGCUUAUUCUACAGGAAGAGUCUGUGCCGAGCCGCACCUCUGGUCCCAGUUGAAGAAGGUAUCAAAAACGGCUUCAGAGCAUACAAAUACACUUUCCCAGAACAUAUGCUGGAUAACGGGAAAGUUCUGGAAGAAAACAAAUGCUUCUGUAGAUUAGGUAAAUGUCUGCCGGAGGGUCUGAUAGAUGUAACCGAUUGCUAUUACGGCUUCCCAAUAGCUCUGUCCUACCCUCACUUCUACAAGGGAGAGGAAGUCCUGUUCAGCAAAGUGGAAGGUCUCCAACCAGACGAAGAGAAACAUAAGACUGAGUUUUGGAUCCAACCAGAUUCUGGUCUCCCAUUGGACAUCAGUUCCAAAUUCCAGAUCAACAUGGCGCUUGGAGAUCUCUCAAUGAUAACGAACGCUGGGAAAUUCUCAAACAUGUACCUACCGAUGCUGUGGUUUGAUAUCAGAAUGUACACACUGCCGGCGUCCAUGGAGCAGAAGUUUAAAAUAUAUUUAAAUAUUCUACCGUUCAUAGAGAAAUCAUUGAUGUAUUUGAGCUUUAUAUCCGGUUCUGCGCUCAUAAUGGCGACGUCGUUCAUGAUCUACAAACUGUUACAUAAGACGUAUAACGGCGGAAAAAAAGUUAAAUUCAACUGGAUGAAUGCUAAUAGUAAGGAUAUUUAUUCCCCGUGCGAGAUACCGAUGGGCGAUGGUUCAGACGACACAGCGUGCAGAACCCACGGCGACAGGUUCAAACAGCUGGGUCACAGGUUGAGUGACAGAGUCCAAGGGUCAGUCAACAACGUGAUAGACAGCUUCCAGAAGAGAAAGGAUUCGUUGAUAGACAAUGAGGACUCGAGCGAUAGUAACGCAUACAAACGCGACUCGACGUACAUCGGGGAUAUCACCAAGUACCAUGAGAUCAGGCAGACUGAUAGUGAUGAUGAAUAUUACAAGUAUCUAGAGGUCGUCGAUGAUGAAUUCGGUGAUGGUGAUGACAAAAAAGACACGUACAUACAUAUCAACUGAUUUGAAUAAUACUAUUAUGGGUGUAAGUAUUCUUGCCGUAUACAGACGACUGUGUGGUUAGUGUGUUUAUACGUCUUACCUGUAGUUUUAUAACUGUGAGAAUUUACCUGUCGUUUAUUUUUAUUGUAUUUAUAUAUACUGUAAAUAGUUGUUUGAGUUUAGUUUUAGUGUAGAAACAUAUAUAUAUAUAUAUAUAUAUAUGUAUGUCUUGAUCGUGUUUGUUACCUUUCGUUUUAUUAAAGUAAAACAAUAUUACCUGUCACAUAAAUAAUUUAAACGUGCAACAGAUAAUAUAUACAUACAUAUAUAGUUUUAAUUUAUUGUGCAAUUUUAAAUGAAUAUUUUUUAUAUAUAUAUAAUUAAUUUAUAACAUACAAAAAAAACCGUCAGCUACCUGUAGUUAGUAAUGAAAUGUAAUUUGUAAAUAUUAGUUAAGUAGAGUAAGAUGGAUGCUCAUGAAAUUAUUAAAAUAGUUCUCAAUACUUUAGAAUUAUUUUUAUGGGGUGAUGUAUAUAACGUGGAGUGUCGGCUGAUGUUGUUUGGUUAUACAAAACGACGUCAGCUCCGGUCACUGGUUAGCUACUUAUAAUAAAUACAUUAAAAACUA